AUGGACGAAAAUAAACGCCCUCCGAAGAAGAUACUCGUGCUGGGACCGUGCAAGGCUGGAAAGACAGCAAUUUCGAACUACUUGGGAGAGCAGGUGGACAUCGAAUCCCUUGGAGAAUACCGUCCGACAAAAGGAGUGCGAAUAGUUGAGUUCGAAAGCCACGAAUUGGAGAUUCAUCAGCAGAGGGUGGAAGUGGAUGUUGAGCUAUGGGAUUGCAGUGGAGAUUUGAAAUACCGCGACUGUUGGCCAGCGUUUCUGGAUGGCAUCGAGGGCGUUAUUCUAGUUGCUAAUCCUGAUGAGAAUAAAGGAGAAGAUCUAAAAAUGUGGUAUCAAGAAUUCAUUGCCAAAUCGAAUUUGGAUACUGAAAAUGUCUUGGUCGUUCUUAACGAAAUUGGAGAGAAACGAACGAAUGACGGGGCUAUUUCCGGAUUUGAAUUGCCGCCCCCACUAUCAGCAGCGGCCUGUGUUGCAUGUAAUCUUCAACACGAUGGCGAACAAUUACGCUUGGAGUUCAAUCAGUUUCUCGUGGCAAUCAUUGCUAAGAGCGAAGGAAUAGAUUGAAAUGGGGC